AUGCCCGUGCGCAGAGGGCUGGGAGGUUCCAUUGUGGCAAGAUUUGAAGCUGCACGGAAACAGCAACCGCAAGAUGAUGGCGCAGUGAAGCCCGAACCAGAGGUUCUGUGGACCUGGCAUGAGGAGGAGUCCCGGCCCGUUCUGCUCCCGACCUCUCUGAAAAACCACUUUUCAGAGGGGGCGCUCGUUCGGGUCAAGUUUUCCGAGAAGCCAGACUUCCCGUUUUUCGUCCGAGCGCAUACGGAGUCCUUCUCAGAGAAGCUGAAGACCGGUACAAUUUCGAUUUUGAAGUCUAUUCUGAAUGCUGCAAGUCUCACGGGAGAUAUAGAGAAAAAGGCGAAGCUAGUCUUGGCCGAAGAGAAGGAGGCCGCUCUGAAGGAGAUGGUCAUGGUCAUCGGUGACACGUACAUGUCAAAGCGCGAUUUGUGGCAGCUGCAGCUGGCAAUGAUGCAGCACAAGGGGCGGCUGAUCUAUCGCGGUUUCCGACAAAACUUUUGUGAGCACGUUCCCUCCAGCAGCAUAGACAAGCUCGUCUCAGCAGAUGGGAAAGCCGCUGCGUGUGGCAUGGUGGGCGUGAAGACUGAUGUUGCCUUCAGGUCGUCCAGCACGCACAUGUUUCUGCUCAUCGAGGUGAGCGCUGAGCUGUUUUCCUUCGGCCUCUUUGGAAGAUACUACUGGGAAGUUCUCCUGGAGUGCUUUGGUCAGUGCCUCGAACGGGCAUGCGCGGUGCCAUCUGGAAAGCGGAGCACCAGCCACUUCCUGCGCAUCAUUCUCUUUGCGCGGGCCAAGGAAGAUUCCGAGUCAACGAACGAAGAGACUUCGCAAAAAGCUUCGCCGAGGUCGCCCAACCGCCAGGCCUUUACAGCCGUAGGGCCUGCCCCUGACCAGAAGGACCUCUAUGACGUGAUUUUCGAGGGCUAUGCCUCCACAAUGCCACCGGCACGCGAACUGCGAAAUCGAGUGGCGCGCGUUUUUCUCACACUCAUGGAAGAAGAGGAUCGAUACAAGCGAGAUCCGGAUUCCUGGCCAAGACGACAGAGCAGCAGUUCGUCUGAGGGCGAGGCAGCAUCCUGCUGGCAGGGCAUCCGGUAUGGCGAAUUGGUGGAGUCCCAUCAAGGCAACACUCUGGAGUGUCUGAAUCUGGCUCUGGAUCACUUCGACCAGACUCAUCUGGACAGGUAUCUCAAAGUCAGCGGUCAGGUGGUAAUCAUUCUCACCGCUGGGAGUGGGCUCAUUCGAAGCCGCACCCGGGAGCUGUACAUGUUGACCAACCGCCGCUGCAUCUCAUCCGGCCACCAGUCUUUCCAGAUCGUCAGCGUCCGGGAUCCACCUUUUCAUCGGGUGCCCUGGAUCAUGUGGCCGCAAAGUCCGUCCAUCUCCGCCCUCUCCGUACCCUCGCGGACGUCACACGAAACAGAGGCGGACAAGCUCUCGCCAUUCCCGCGCUGGCUCUCCUUCAUCUCCUACCAGGAAGGCCGCCUCUCCCCGUGCUGGACGGAAGAGGACUCGGUCAGCGCUUCGUUCCUCCCGUUCAUCGACCAUGAGCAGAACCACGGUUUGCAAUGGACUCCGCCAGUCCUGCCGCUGAUCCAAGAAUCGUAUCCUCGUGAGAAAGACGAGCGCCCAACCAUGUCUCCGAAGUCGAUGCCGACGUUUCAGGACGAGACGGUGCUACGAGCUUUCCGCGCAUCUUCCAACCAGAAAACAUGGGACGAGAUUAGGCUGCCGCGUUUGAGCUCGGCUAUGAGUGAGUCGACGAAGACGGUGACCGAAUAUCUCCCCACGCAAUACACUGUCAACCCAUUGCGUUUCGGACAAGAGGAAGGCGCACAGCUGAACCUGAUGCAAGACCUCGUGGGCCUGCGCCUGGCCGCUCUCGGUGGCACCCAGAUCACCAGGAAUGUGAACUACAACGUGUACAACUGGCCCGCGCAGGGCAUGGCGGACGAUGAGGAGGACAAGCAGAGUCCAUGGCAGGUGCAUGGCAACCUCCUCCCAAAAUCUCUGCACCAGCUCACUGUGCAAGCGGCUUGUGGGUCUGAGUGGAGGUUUGCGCCGAGAGAGACGGACCUUACUGUCGGCAAGAAGGAGCACUUUCAACUGGACAGAGAUAAAGCCACCAGCUUCCUCUACGAGCGGUUCUUUGUGCACCUGACCUCUCGAUGGGGCCAGGAAGGCCCCGGGCCGCCAGAAACGACCUGGAUCGAAUCUCGCACGGUCUUCCAUCUAAACGAGCGUUUGGAUUGGAACUACUUGGACCAGGUGUUGGCAGGUGUUUACAGAAUACCACCUGCACUGCCAUACCCGGUGGAUCGCCGCAACCUCAACGACCCUCUGAUCAGGAAAGACAGCUCGAGCUUGUCUCUGUCCGGAGACACUCGCGAUGGCUGGCAGCUUAGAGGAGCAUUGAAGCAGCAUCUGCUCAUGCUCAUGCCCAAGUCCUGCUUGGCUUCGUCGCAUGCCGAGAUCUUCAGGUGCGUCUUGUCCCACCUGGAGGGCAAGAUAGUCCUAGGCAAAGACCCCUUCGAUGCGUUUGAGCAAAGCGGGAGCUUUGAGAAGAAUCGGGAGCUUAUCAUGGAGGCACUGAGCAAAAGACAGGAGUAUGUCCGCGAUCAGUUGGCAGAAGAUCAGAGCCUGCCAUCUCGCCAAACUUCGAGGAGCGAAGUGAACCCUACAGACGGCCGGCGUCACAGUGCCACUGGUUCAAGUUCAAUCCAGGAGUUUCUCUACUUCGGUCUCGAUGGCUUGGGAGAUUCCGCGGACGCACCUCAGGAGCAGCCGCCCGUUUCCCGCAACACGACAACUGUGACUACUGCUUUUGACAACAUCGGGACGGUGGCACAGGAUGAUGUCGACCCCAACGACGACCCGAAGAAGCUGCUUGAGGACUUCGAUGAAAUUCGAUCGCAGACGGUCGAAAGGUUCAAGUCAUUCCAGGAAGGACUUCGCAGGCUGCUCUUCGGACGAAUGCCCAAUGAGCAGUUCGAGAAAGAGCUUCUGGACAUUGAUACCAACUCCGUGCACUUCACCGUGGGAAGAGGAGAGAAAGAAGUGUCAGUUUGCAGGGCGGAGCUGGGGACAUCAUUCACCCAGAGCCGGGACUGGUUUGGAUUCUUCUACGACGAUGUCUUCUGCCCUCCCAAAUUCUUUCACCUCGUGGUCGAAUGGAUGGCAUGCUCCUCCAUACAUUUGGCAUCCUUCUUCACCAAGCUGGAGAAGCUGGCAUCUGAGCACGGUUUCCGGCUUUUGCGGCUGCCAAUCUGUGUCUUGUUCCCGCAGCCUGCACCGGCGUGGGUCUGGAGCGAGGAUCAGGAGACCAACUUUGAUCGGCUUCCCUUUUACCCACGGCCACGGGUCAGCUUCCCCAAGAGUCGUGAUCGCGAUCGGGCGGAGCAAGUCUAUGCGAAGCUUCUUGAGGCCUGGCUGCAGCCACCGCUGAACUUGCACUUCAUCUUCUCAUGCCCCAUCCAGGAUUUCAAGGCCUACCCCAUCGUGGCUGAGGAGGAUCCCCGGAGAACGACGGCCAACCGAGAGGUCUACCAACGACUCAAAGGAUGGGUUCUUUGCGAUUCCGAUGGCCUCGCUCUCGUGACACUUCGGGAAGAGGGUAUCAUGUUCUUUGAGAACCACAUACAGGUUUUUGAAGCUCGCACAGAAGAGCGAGUCCAGUCCAACCUGAAGAAGGUGAACCAACUGCGAAGCAAGUUCUUCGAAGUCACCAAGGAGAUCCUUAAGCUGUGGGAGACGUAA